AUGAGACUGCUGCACAGCAGCUGUAUACGCCCACUGAAGAAACAACAACCAAGGCGUAAUUUCCAUAAACCCAAUUUUGGAAACCCAAAACGUUCUCCACCCGCAAAAGCACCGAUCGUUUCAGACUCAAACAUAGUGCAAUGGAACAACGCAAUCACCAACUACAUGCGGAGUGGCCGAUGCGAUUCAGCUCUAUGUAUCUUCGAAAAGAUGACCCGGCGAACUUCAGUUUCAUGGAAUGCAAUGAUAUCUGGAUACUUGCUGAACCAUCGGUUCGAUCUUGCUCACCAGAUGUUCGUGAAAAUGCCCGAAAGAGAUUUAGUUUCAUGGAAUGUGAUGAUUACGGGGUGCGUCCGAAAUGGUAACCUAGGUGCUGCGAAGAGACUGUUUGAUCAAAUGCCCCAUAAGGAUGCGGUCUCUUGGAAUGCUAUGUUGUCUGGUUAUGCGCAAAACGGAUAUGUUGAAGAAGCAAGGAUGGUUUUUGAUAAGAUGCCAAACAAGAAUUCUAUCUCGUGGAAUGGAAUACUUGCAGCCUACGUGCAAAACGGGAGGAUAGACGAAGCACAGAAAUUGUUUGAAUCAAAUCCAUCCUGGGAUGUGAUUUCUUGGAACUGUUUGAUGGGUGGGUAUGUAAGGAAGAAGAGACUAGUUGAUGCACGAUGCCUGUUCGAUAAAAUGCCAAAGAGAGAUGAAGUGUCUUGGAAUACGAUGAUUUCAGGUUAUGCUCAGAACGGGCAAUUAUCCGAAGCUCAGAAGUUAUUCGAUGAGUCUCCAAUUCGAGAUGUGUAUACAUGGACAGCUAUGGUAUCCGGCUAUGUGCAGAAUGAAAAGCUAGAUGAAGCAAGAAAGGUGUUCGAUGAAAUGCCUGUGAAGAACUCGGUUUCAUGGAAUGCAAUAAUCGCUGGAUAUCUACAGUCCAAGAAACUCGAGAUAGCAAAGGAGCUGUUCGAUGCAAUGCCUUGCAAAAACGUUAGUUCUUGGAACACUAUGAUUACAGGGUUUGCACAGAACGGCUUCAUUGAUCUUGCUAUGGAGUUAUUCAAGAACAUGCCCAGGCGUGAUUGCAUCUCAUGGGGUGCAAUCAUUGCAGGGCAUGCUCAUUUGGGACACAAUGAAGAAGCUUUGCGAUUGUUCAUAGAGAUGAAAAGAGACGGAGAAAGGGCAAAUCGGUCCAUUUUCUCCUGCAUUUUAAGCACAUGUGCGGAAAUCACCGCAUUAGAAUUGGGAAAACAAUUUCACGCGCACCUUGUGAAAGUAGGGCUGGGAUCCGGAUGGUAUGUAGGCAAUGCAGUAUUGGCUAUGUAUUGCAAAUGUGGAAACAUAGAAGAAGCUCAUGCUACAUUUGAAGAAAUUAGCGAUAAGGACAUAGUGUCAUGGAACACAAUGAUUGGAGGUUAUGCAAGGCAUGGAUUUGGUAAAGAGGCUUUAGAAGUUUUCGAGUCGAUGAAAAGAAAAGGAGUCAAACCAGAUGAAGUGACCAUGGUUGGUGUGUUAUCCGCAUGUAGUCAUAGCGGAUUAUUGGACAUGGGCACACAGUAUUUUCGCACAAUGGAAACCGAGUACUCCAUAACUCCAAACCCAAAACACUACACAUGCAUGAUUGAUCUUUUAGGUCGGGCAGGCCGCCUAGAUGCUGCCCGGAAUUUGAUCAACAACAUGCCCUUGGAACCGGAUGCCGCCACAUGGGGCGCCUUACUUGGUGCAAGCCGGAUUCACAACAACACCGAAUUAGGCGAAACAGCCGCGAAAAAAGUCUUCCAAAUGGAGCCCGAUAACGCGGGGAUGUAUGUUCUUUUAUCAAAUCUCUACGCAGCUUCGGGUAGGUGGGGUGAUGUGGGGACAAUGAGGUUAAAGAUGAGGGACACAGGGGUCAAAAAGGUUCCUGGUUAUAGUUGGGUUGAGGUGCAAAACAAGAUUCACACGUUUUCGGUUGGGGAUUUGACACAUUCGGAUACCCCCGAAAUAUACGCUUUUCUUGAUGAUUUGGAUUCUAAAUUGAAAAAAGAGGGUUAUGUAUCUUUGCCUAAAUUGGUGUUGCAUGAUGUGGAAGAGGAGGAAAAGGAGCAUAUGCUCAAGUAUCAUAGUGAAAAGUUAGCGCUGGCAUUUGGGGUACUUAAGAUACCCGGUGGGCGACCGAUUCGUGUUUUUAAAAAUUUACGGGUGUGCGCAGAUUGUCAUAAUGUGAUUAAAUAUGUAUCAAAGAUUGUGGGAAGGCUGAUAAUUGUGAGAGAUUCUCAUCGGUUUCAUCAUUUUAGAGAUGGUGUAUGUUCUUGUGGAGAUUAUUGGUGA